AUGAGGAUCCUAGCGUUGGCGGCGAUCAUAGCCGUGGCAUCGGCCACUGUCAUCAAGGACGGCUCCUUUGUCAUCGGCAAGGAUACUCUGGUAAAUGUAGACAUAAAAACCAAGGAGGUGUUAUGUAUGAAGCUACUGAACUACAUCCUACAGCCGACGGUGUACGACGACAUCCGCGAUGUGGCCAGAGACUGGGUGUUGGAGGAGAACAUUGACAAGUACCUGAAAGUCGAUGUCGUGAGGAGGUUCAUCGAGAUGUACAAGAUGGGCUUCCUGCCCCGCGGAGAGGUGUUCGUACAUACUGACGAGAAGCAGAUGGACCAGGCCAUCCAGACCUUCCGUCUCCUGUACUUCGCUAAGGACUUCGACACCUUCAUAAGAACCGCCUGCUUCCUCCGCGAACGCAUCAACGGAGGCAUGUUCGUGUAUGCCUUCACUUGCGCCGUCUUUCAUCGCGAAGACUGCCGUGGAGUCUCCAUCCCCGCUCCCUAUGAGAUCUACCCCUACUUCUUCGUGGACAGCCACAUCAUCAACAAGGCCUUCAUGAUGAAGAUGACGAAAGCCAUCACCGACCCCUUAGUUAUGGACUACUAUGGCAUCAAAGUCACCGACAAGAACCUAGUCAUCAUCGACUGGCGCAAGAGCGUUCGUCACGUCCUUAGUAAAAAUGACCGCUUGUCCUACUUCACCGAGGACAUCGACUUGAACACCUACUACUACUACUUGCACAUGAACUAUCCUUACUGGAUGACUGACGACGUAUACGGCCUCAACAAGGAGCGUCGCGGUGAGAUCGUUAUGUACGCCAACCAGCAGCUGCUCGCCAGGUACAGGUUGGAGCGUUUGGCUCACAACAUGUGCGACAUCAAGAUGAUCAUGUGGAACGAACCUCUCAAGACCGGCUACUGGCCCAAGAUCCGCCUGCACACCGGAGAUGAGAUGCCCGUCCGUAGUAACUACGUUGAGCUGGUGCAUAAGGACAACCUUAAGGAGAAAUUGUAUGUUGACGACGUCGAGAGACUUAUCCGCAUGGCCAUUGUCACCGGAAAAUAUGAAAUGCGCGACGGUACAGUACUUAAUCUGAGGAAAUCUGAGGACUUCGAAAUCCUGGCCAGGAUCUUGCUCGGUGGUGUGGGUUUGAAGAAUGACGAUGCUAAAGUUAUUCACAUUGUUAACUUGUUCAAGAGACUGCUCUCCUACAGCAACUACAACUUCGAAAAGAACACCUACAUCCCAACCGCCCUCGACAUGUACACCACAUGCCUGCGAGACCCUGUCUUCUGGAGAAUGAUGAAGCGCAUCACCGAUUACGGCGUUCUCUUCAAGAAGUUGCUGCCUAAAUAUACCAGAGACGAAUUAGACUUCCCUGGAGUUAAGAUCGACCGCAUUGUUACUGACAAAUUGGUGACUUUCAUGGAUGAAUACGACCUGGACAUCACCAACGCCAUGUACCUUGACAAAACUGAGAUGCAAAAGAAGAAGUCCGAUAUGGUAUACGUGGCUCGUAUGCGCCGCCUCAACCACCACUCCUUCAAGGUCACCGUCGACGUCACCUCCGAGAAGGCCGUCGAUGCUGUAGUCAGGAUCUUCAUCGGACCUAAAUGGGACUGCAUGGGACGCCUCCUCAGCUACAACGACAAACGUUUGGAUAUGGUUGAAAUCGAUAGCUUCCUGUACAAACUGGACACUGGAAAGAACACCAUCGUCCGUAGCUCGAUGGAGAUGCACGGCAUCAUCGGCGACAGGAUGAUGACUCGUCGCAUGGUGGACAACACCGUGGACACCACUGGCUCCAUGGAGAGGAUCGUCGACAGCUUCUGGUACAAGAGCCGCCUUGGUUUCCCUCACCGUCUCCUGCUUCCUCUGGGUCACCGUGAUGGUCUCGAACUGCAGAUGUUCGUGAUCGUGACCCCGGUCCGCACCGGCCUCGUCCUGCCUUCCAUCGACAUGGGCGUCAUGAAGGACCGCCGCGCCUGCCGCUGGAGCGUCUGCUUCGACACCAUGCCGCUCGGAUUCCCGUUCGACAGAGAGAUCGACAUGAGCCACUUCGUCACCAACAACAUGAAGUUCCACGACAUACUCGUGUUCAGGAAAGACUUGGACAUGUCCAACUCGGUCAAGGACAUCGACACCUCCGACAUGGUGAUGAUGCGUGAUGACCUCACGUACCUCGACCGAGACUUGCUCGUCAGGUGGUCCUACAAGGACGUCAUGAUGAUGAGCGGCGACAAGAUGAUGCGACUCUAA